AUGUAUGAGACUCUUCCAGUGCCUUUUGGAUUAGUUCGCCAUGGCGUGGCUCCAGACCAUCCUGAGGUCAAGAAUUGCCAGGAUAAAUUUGACGAGAUCGCCUCACAGUCUAAUUUCUCGUUUAUCGGGAAUGUCUCCAUAGGACUUCUUGGUCAUUCUUCUGAGCACUGCACAAUAGAGCUGCAAAACUUGAUGAAACACUAUGAUGCUGUUUUAUUCGCAUACGGAGCAUCUGAAGACAAGAAAUUGGGAAUUCCUGGCGAAUCAACUUUGAGCAAUAUUUACUCGGCACGAGAGACCGUAGGCUGGUACAAUGGCUUGCCUGGAUCUUCUAACCUCAAUCUCGACUUGACACAAGCCGAGGAGGCUGUUGUUAUCGGCCAGGGAAAUGUUGCGCUUGAUGUCGCAAGAAUGCUCUUGGAGGAUGUUGAUGUUCUGAGAAAAACAGACAUCACAGAAAAGGCACUAGAGACCCUAUCUAAAAGCCGGAUAAAGAGAGUCCAUGUAGUUGGGAGAAGAGGACCGAUGCAGGCUUCAUUCACUAUCAAGGAGGUACGAGAACUGAUGAAUCUCAAAGAUGUUGCCUUUUCGCCUCUAAACAGGUCCUUGAUUCCCGAAAACCUCAAAGCUUUACCACGUGCCUCAAAGAGACUCAUGGAAGUCUUAGUCAAGGGUUCGCCGACCCCCCAUGACGUUGCUUCUAAAGCAUGGUCGCUCGAUAGUUGUCUCUCCCCGAAACAUUUCCUCGGAAACCAGAACGAUCCGUCUAAGGUAGCGAGUACCGAGUUCGACAUCACCGAACUCGAGUCGCCCUUUGAUCCCAAGUCGUCAGUCAAAGCCACAGGGGAAACCACCAUCUUGGCAUCUGAUGUUGUUUUCCGCUCCGUGGGUUACAAGUCAAUUGCUUUGCCAGGAUUUGCUGAGAUUGGUAUCCAAUUUGAUGAGCGGCGGGGAAUCGUUGACAAUGAUGGUCUUGGCAGAGUGACCAGGAUGGUUUCAGAUACUCAUGCCGGAGGUGUCCACAAUGAAAGAGUUCCUGGGGUCUACUGUGCCGGUUGGGUCAAGAACGGUCCAACUGGAGUUAUUGCAUCCACAAUGCAGGAUGCUUUCACGACAGGCGAUGCAAUCGUUCACGACUGGCUCUCAGGGGGUCACUUUCUGAACAAGUCAGACCAAUCCGGCGUGACUGGAUGGGAGGGUCUUCGACAAGACGCUGGACCGACGACAUGUCGAGCUGUUGCAUGGGACGACUGGCGAAGAAUUGAUCGCGCGGAGCGAGAGCGUGGACAAAAGAUCGGCAAAGAGAGAGAAAAGUUCACGACGACAGAGGACAUGCUAGCUGUCCUGGAUUAA